AUGGAGCAGCUGCAGGCGCAGAUCGAGCGGGUGCUCUCCAGGGCCCUCGCCGCCGCGCACAGGCAAGUGCAGGAAGCCAAGGAGGAGUUAUCUGGAGAGAAGGCGUGGCUUGGGGAUCUGCAGAGACUGCUUAGGAUGAGCCAGCAGUUUAUGGUAGGCCAGGUUACUGCCCUGCACCCUGUGAGAGUCUUCCAUGAACUGCCGGUCGCAGAAAACCAUCGUCCGGAUACUGAUACUAAUGGUGAGAAUUCAGUACCAGGUCUCUCCCGAGGAACAAUGUUUGAUAGGACGCACUUGAUUUCUGUGUGUGAAGUAUAUGCGGCUAACAUAAACAUCCUUCUAUCAAUUUCUGUAACCAUUGUGAGAAGAAAUGAGACACUUCCACACGAGAACGGAAAUAGAACACAUCUUUUCAAUGUUAUCAAAUCUCCACACGUUCGUCACUUGACAUUUUUUGGUUGGCACAUAGCAAAGCAUAAAACAAAGCAGCAGUGUUACAGUCAGAAGGAGCUUCAGAGGUCAGCAGCUGUGUUGGGCUAUAGGGGUUGUGAGAUUGAUUAAUUGUACUUUUUUAGAUAUAUUGAGGUUGAUUAAUCCUGUCUUUUUAUAAAUCUACCAUGUACAUAGCAUAAUAGUACAUAUCUAUGUUAGUUAGAAAAUAAUGAUGCAUGAUUAAAGAGAUGUACAAAACAAAUGAUGCAUGAUUAAA